UGUGCUGGCGUUAACUGUGCUGUGGCUAUUUGCCUUUCAGGAUUUCCUGAAGAUUCCUGCAGAGAUUCUUCACCUCAGAGCUUUGCCGACAGCCAAGAAUGGCGAGCAAGGGACCCUCGGCCUCUACGUCCCCUGAAAACUCCAGUGCAGGUGGACCCAGUGGCAGCAGCAACGGUGCUGGUGAGAGCGGAGGACAGGACAGCACCUUUGAGUGCAAUAUCUGCCUGGAUACAGCCAAGGACGCCGUCAUCAGCCUGUGCGGCCAUCUCUUCUGUUGGCCGUGCUUACAUCAGUGGUUGGAGACCAGACCUAACAGACAGGUGUGUCCGGUUUGCAAAGCUGGCAUCAGCAGAGACAAGGUCAUCCCGCUCUACGGUCGGGGCAGCACUGGGCAGCAGGACCCUAGAGAGAAGACCCCUCCCCGUCCUCAGGGACAAAGGCCAGAACCGGAGAACAGAGGGGGAUUUCAAGGAUUUGGAUUUGGAGAUGGUGGCUUCCAGAUGUCUUUUGGAAUUGGAGCAUUUCCGUUUGGGAUAUUUGCCACAGCAUUUAACAUAAAUGAUGGGCGGCCUCCUCCAGCUGUCCCUGGGACACCUCAGUAUGUGGACGAGCAGUUCCUGUCACGCCUCUUCCUGUUUGUGGCCCUGGUGAUCAUGUUCUGGCUCCUGAUUGCCUAAUGGUGGGCCUCUGGCUACAUCCAUAACAGGACCUCUAAACUGGUGACACACCAUAUCCACUCUUGGUGUUUGGCUGUCUCGCUAACCCUG